UGACAUUAUUAUUGUUGACCUGUGUUUCAUAGUGUAAAAUUUGUCAUGCAUGGUAUUCUUUCUGGAACUCUGCACACACAAGAAAUGAGAGAAACCGGGAUGUAGAUGAACUAUGAUGAGUGCUGCGGUUAUGAGGUAGUGCACAGGAAGGUUUUAUUGGGCCUACCACAACUACAUUUGUUGCCACAGAACAUAGUAUCGCACAAGAAGCAGGGAGGACAGAAAACCAAUAUCUCUGGCCUUUCGAAACAGCAUUCUAAAUUAAGCAGUACAGUAACGCAAGCUGAAGUCAUUUGCUGGCUAAGGAGGCAACUGAUUCCUCGCAAGGCUCUCAUUAUAUUUGCAAUAAUGACUAAGGAGGCUGCUGCAAGCUUUACAUUCCUUGACACCAGAUUUGAGUUGUAGCUUACAUUCCAUGACGGCGAGGUUUCAUGCACAAGCUAGAUAUGUAGACAGGAGGCUUGACAAACACAAGUGCAAACUUUCAGCUGAAUUUUAUUGGCAAGAAGGGCGCAGCUGUAUACACAUACGAUGUGUGACGUGCAUCUGGUUUGUGAGAAAAGAAAACAACAAGCAACCGGAAACCGUGGAUCAUGCUUAAAUUCCACCCGUUUUGCAAUUUUCUUCGAACUGUCAAUGUUAUAUUGUCCUAUUGCUCACAUGAACUGAAUUCUGCACUGGGCUUCUCUGAUUUUUUUUUUCUCUCACUGCUGCUUAUUGAUAAAGCAGGAUACCGAAAUCUCUUUCCUUCAAAUUUUCAGGGCAUAGAGAUUCAGGGUUCACAGAUGCCAAGAGAGAGCCUGCAGAUUCCAGUGGGGACGAGUCCGAAGCAUCAACCAGGGAUGUUGCCUUGCAGGUGACAGAUGACGAACAAGACAGUGAAGAAGAAGCUGGCUGUCAGUAUCACUGUGAACUCUGCAACGAGAGCUUCAACACACAUCAACUCAUGCUUCAGCACUCCGUGGUGCACAGGCAGGAGUGGCCAUUCUGGUGUGGUCUCUGCGGUGCCAAUUUCCCGUGCAGCGAAAAGCUGGUGAAGCAUGAGAGCACACAUGUGAACAAGCACCAGCAUCGCUGCCUGAUCUGCAAGAAGGCCUUCAGCCACCAGAAUCUGCUGCACGAGCAUAUGCAGAUCCACACAGGCCAGCCAACGUUCCACUGCCACCUGUGUCCCAUGGCGUUUUGCACGAAGAGGCAGCUCCUAAGCCACCUACGCAGCCAUGGCAGUCGUGCACGCUUUGCGUGCGAUCAGUGUGGGAGUACCUUUAGCCAGAAGGCGUCGCUUACAAGACACCGCCUGAUUCACCAGGAUGGCCGCAAGCGCCACAGCUGCCCUCACUGCCCCAAGGCCUUCUACCGACGGUCUGAUGUCCUAAAGCACGAGAGGAUUCACACGGGAGAGCGGCCGUUCAGCUGCGAACUGUGUGGAAAGGGAUUCAAGCAGCGUGUUCACUUGGAAAGGCACAGCCGGAAAUGCAUUGACCAAAUUACAGUUGAACCACCAUCCUCAUAAACUCUGGGGCUGCAGCAUGUGUACCCCACCUCAUAUUUGGCAAGCAAUGCUAUGGAAGCUGCGCAAGUUGUGUGGUCAUGUUUGUCUCACUCCGUGCAUUUUGCAGUGCAAUUCACUUUAGAACGCAGCUCUUAGUGCCGUUCCUGCAUUGAGUGACAGCAUCCCUCAGGGUAACCGAGCAAACAAGCACAGUGAAGGAUGAAAUAGUGAACGCAGAGCGCAGCUGGGGAUGAAAGACUGCAAUAGCGAAGAGAGUGCAAGGAGGAAAGCGGAGGAGGAGGGUGCAGCAAACCAUGAGGCGGAAAGGGGAGGAGGGUGUGGCGAAAGCGUGAGAAGAAAAGCGUAGUGCUGCGCAAGACCUGUUCUGCGGUGACGAUCGCUACGAGAUGGCACCAGAGUAGCCCGCAUUGUUGCAAAGUGUUUGGAACUAUAUUUGAUCAUAAAUUUUGUUUCAUUUCAGAUCAAUAUUGUGCAUUUUAUGAAAUGCAGAAAUUGGACACUUU